AUGCCAAGAAAAUUUUUGGGUCAGCGUAUAGAUAGAAACAAAGAUUUCAUUAGACCUUCUUCUUUGACCGUGACAAGCAAAGAUCUUGACCGAUUACCCGUGUUUGUACCAAGCCCAUGUUCCAGUAGUAUCAAAUUAAAUGAAUCUCACGAUUCAGUAGUCACUCCUCUUAAUAAUAAAUCUCAACAUAAGAAAUCGCUUCAUAAAUUUUCCAAGAGGUUUGGAGGAACCAUUAGGAUCAAAAAAAGACUAUCAUCAGUACCAGAAUUGUUUUUACAUGAUUUCAAGUCAAGAUCUGAGCAUGUUAAAGAAGAGCAUUCACCAACUCCUGGUUCUCCAGAAAUGUAUAUAAAUUCCCAACCUAUAUCUUCUUUAACAAGAAGGCCAAAAUUCCCACCAUUACCAGAAUUAGCUGAAACUGUCGAAGAUGUAGAGGAAACCCCUGUUAAGGAAUUGGCUCAACAGAAAAAAGCAAUGGAUUAUUUGAAUGUCACAAAUGAACCAUCAAAUGUCACACAUAAUGAAGAUGUUGAUUCUGAUACUUUUUCCUUUGUUUCAAGUGUGCCACAAUCAAACUUCCCAGUUAUUGAUACUUCAGCAUCGUAUCUAAAAGAGGAAAAGGAAGAUCGUCAAAAAUUUUUCGAAUCAAAUCCAAUUAUUUAUAACGUUCAAGUAUCAAAUAACAAUCUUGACUUUAUUAACAGUGUUUCAGACAAUAUUGAAAAUAAUGUUCUAAAUGAAAUUCAAAAGAACAUUACAAAUAACAAAAGUAAUAGUUUCCUAUCUAUUAACCUUACUGAUACCCAAAUUUUGACUAAGGAAAGUAUUCAAAAGCAUUUGCAUAGAUCGCAUAGUCUUGAUGAUUUGCAUGAAGAAAAAAGGCAAUCAGAAAUAUUGUUAGAAGAAAUAUUAAUGGCAUACGGGCCAGAAACUCAAAGCUUAAAUAGCUUGGCAGAUGGUGAAAUAGCAAACAACUAUAUGCCAAGUGUAAAAAAUGAAGAAAUUUCAAGAGUCUUGGAAAUAUUGGUUAAUAAAAAACAAAAAUGUUCAGUUAACAAGAGCCAACCAAGCCCAGCUAAUAAGAACAAUGCUGAUAAUUCUAACAAUGAUUUUAGCUUCCCUGCCCAAAAAAUAUUGAGUAAUUUCAAUGGCUUUUCUACACCAAUAAAGAGCCAAAAGAAUAUGAAUUAUUCUCCAAGAAGUGACACUUUUUCCAUUCCUUCAAAUGCUUCGCAUUUCUCCAAACCAUCACUUCCUUCAGCAAAUCUAGAAGAUUUAUUAAGUACUCCGGAAAAUUCUUCAUCAGAAUCAGAUUCUGGUUCAUUUACAAACGAAUUAUCUCGUGUGCCUAGUUGGGAAAGUCCAGUGAGUGAGGCAUCAUUUUGUACAGCUUCAGAAUUCCCAUAUCCUAAUUCUACUAUUGGAAGAAUGAUGAGUUUAAGAAAAAAUAAAGGCAUUAUUGCACCAGUUCCUUUAAGAAAAAAUAGUGGGGUAUCUAGUAGUAAUGAUAACGAUAGACCCAUACAUAUUACCCACCCUUCUAUCAAUCGUAAAAAAUCAUUAAAUUAUAGAAAAUCGUUAGUUUCUCCAGUCAAUGUAAAUAUAUCUCCAGACCACACCUACCAAAAAAAAUUGGUCCAACAAAUUCAAAUAAAACCAAAAGUGAUGUAUCUUGAUUAUGACGAUGAAAGUGAUAAAGACGAAGAAGAUUUCAACAUUAUUGAACAAGAACAAAAAAAAGAAGAGUUUGGUGAACAACUAUAUACUAUUGCAUCAGUUAAGGAAGAUCCACCGAGUGUUCGUUUGGAUUCCAAGGCUAGAUUUUCUUCACCUAUUGAUAACAUAGAGCUUCUUAAUAUGAAUGACAAUUCCAGCAGUGUAUAUAGUGAGAUAUGA